AUGAGUAAGAUCACGAUACUCGUAUGUGGAGCCGGAAGUUCGGCUCAGGUGAUAGCAGGUCUCGCAGCAUCGCGCGAGAAUAUUGAAUCGAGAGUGCUGUCCCUUUUCGAAGAUGAAGCCGAGAGGUUUACAAACGCUUUGAAGGAAGGGGACUUAACUCUAUCAAUUAACGAAGGCGAGGAUGAACCAAGAAUCAUCAAAUGCAAGCCCAGAGUUGUUACGAAGGACCCAUCCAGAGCGGUUAAAGGUGCCAACUUCAUCAUCUUGACAGUGUCCCCAGGGGAACAAGAGGAAUACCUCCAGGCCAUUGCACCCCAUCUGGAAAAUGAUACGACCGUUGUGGGAUUCCCAGGCCAUGCUGGCUUUGAGUUCCUAUGUUUGGGGACACUCAAGGCCAAAGUCAAGAGAUGUGCUGUUAUUAGUUUUGAAUCAAUGCCUUAUGCUUCUCGGAUAAGAGAGUUCGGGAGAAAUGUUGCGGUUCUAGGAAUUAAUGAAAUCGUUCGGGGAACUAUGGUCAAAGGAAAAAGCAAGCAGCCUUAUGAUCCAUUCUCAGUUCUGCAACAAGUUCUAGGGGAGUUCCCAAUACUAGAGCGGUACAGCAACUACCUGGAACCGCUACUAGCCACAAGCACUGUUGUCAACCCAGCCAUUAUGUUCGGGAAAUGGAGGGACUGGGAUGGUACACCUUUGGACUCAAAACCUUUGUUCUAUCAGGGAAUCACAGAACAAGAUGCCAAGUUCCUUACAGGUAUCAGCGAGGAGUGCGUAGAGAUAGCCCAAGCCAUCACAAAAAAGAACCCUAAAAUUGAACUCUCCUGGGUUAUUCCCCUUUACGAACUCUUUAUGGAAGAAUUCAUGGAUAAUGCUGAAGACUCCAGCAAUCUUCUCAAUCUGAUGAAAACAAAUUCCGCUUAUGAUGGUGUUUUUCAUCCAAUGACCCCAACAGAGGAUGGCAAAUUUGUCCCUGAUUUUUCCUCCAGAUAUCUAACCGAAGAUGUACCUAGAGGGCUGGCAAUCUCCAAGGGUAUUGGGCUUCUGGCCGGGGUGAAGACUGUUUUGCAUGACAAGGUUUUGGAAUGGUGCCAAGAGAAGAUGGGAAAGGAGUAUCUAGUUAGGAGAAACAUGAAGGGGAAAGACAUCGGGGAAACAAGGUGUCCUCAGAGGUUCGGGCUCGAGACCCUAGAUGACCUACUGAACAUGGUGUAA